CUUAAAUAAAACAUUAUGUAUACAAAUUAAUUUUGAAACAAAAUUAAAAAAAAAAAAAUCGAUAGUCCGACUAGGGCUGCCAACUAUCGCUUAGAAUUUGAAAUAUAUGGCAGCAACCCUCAUUCGCCAGCCCUGGACAGCUGUGGCACGCAUUAAAAAAUAUUAUUGCGGAUUUUUUAAUAUUUAUAUUGGCGGUGAAUGCGAAAGUGUGGGAUGGCAGCGGCGGCAUAUGUUUAAGUCCAUCGAGUCCGGAAAAUGUUUACACCAAGCCCGCCCCUUGCGUAAUUGUGGCCGCCCCCUGUGUGCGAUUGUGGAGUCAGUGCAGAUUGCGCGAAUUCUGUGAGGAAAAUUCGCCGCUCCGGUUGACUUGCCCUGCUCAUCUGAGAUUAUAGCAGCUUAAUUGACAUUCGGCGUUAUCUCGACGGCGAUUCCAUUCAGCAACCACCCCGCCCACCAUCCCAGAGAAGCUAUAUAUUCGUCCGGACCAGCAUCAGGGAAUUGAUAAAUACAAAGCGCCCGCGUGUGUAUUGAAAUCCAUUUUUUUUGUGAAUCCGCGGGACGAUCGAAGAAUAAAAACUGAAAACCGACUGACUACAAUUCCUGGUAUAUAAUGAUCGUGGGAGAUCUUGCCUGGCAGUAAACCUUCAGCCCACGACCAGUCAGCGUUAAAUAGAAUUAAUCGAAAGCUAAGAGAGAAUCAGGAUCAGGAUCAGGAACUCGGUGAAACGAAGGAGAAGGAAGCCCUGAUCGAUGCAAGAUGGCGCGACACAUUAUGGCCGUUUGUGUGGUGUGCCUUUUGUGUGCACACCGCCUGCACUGUCAGGACCACAUCGAGAACCUCCUCGGCUCGGUGGCCUACACCAGCCAGGAGCUGCUCAAUGCCCGCGUCUACCCGAACCUCCAGUUCAAUCCCUCCAUUGAAACCACCGAUCGGCGGCAGCAGCGCUCCGCUUCUGGCGACGACGACACCCCCAACUACAGCACCAGCCCGCCCUCGAGGAGACAGAAGCGUCACGCCGGCCACGAUCAUGGCCAUCACAACGCCGUCGAUUCUCGUGUCCCGCAGAUCACCCAGUACUAUCUUGAGAAGCUGAUGGGCCAGAAAGAGGCUAUGCCCACCAGCGGGUUUGAGGAAUUCCUGCAGGAGCUCAACCUCCGUGACAUGCCCAGUGGAGCCAGUGAAGGAACCUGCGUGCCUGCCAGUCGUCUGGUGCAUCAUGUACAGCCCCACAAUCACCACCAUCACGAGGAGGAGGAGGAGGAGCAGGAUCAGUUGCAGCUCAAGAACUGCACACUGAACAAUAAUGGAACCAACUCCAACGUCGUAUGCGCUCCCCUGCACCACAAUCACACCCACGCCAGCGACGACAGCGGGAACUUUACGCUCAGCGAAAAGGACAUGCUCUACCUGUGUCCGGUGCUCCUCCACGAGCUGAAAGCCCAGAGCGGAGGAUGCAUAAAUCCGUCCGUUCUCUCCGACAUCGAUAGCACGGAGCAGCUGCUAGAGACUGAGAAGGAGAGGGACUUCCUCUAUGUGUGGGUUUAUGCUUUUAUUUCGGUGUUCGCAUGCGGCCUCCUGGGCCUUGUCGGAGUGGCCAUUAUUCCGUUCAUGGGCUCGCGGUACUACAAGUACAUCAUCCAGUAUCUGGUUGCGCUUGCCGUGGGUACGAUGACCGGCGAUGCCCUUCUGCAUUUGCUGCCCCAUUCUCUGGCUGGCCAGGAUGAACGGGGCAUGAUCAUGAAGGGACUGGGCUGCUUGGGCGGCAUCAUUUUCUUCUACGCGACAGAGCACUCGCUCACCAUGAUCUCCGAGUGGCGAAAGAGUGUGGAGAAGAAGGAGACGAAGAAGCCAUCGCGUGCGAAGGUGAUGCGCGAUCCGGACUCCUCCGUCAACAACUCGGUGGCGGGGGACAAGAUCUGCAAGCAGAAGUACAGCUCGUAUCCCUACUGCUAUGACGAGAUCACAAUGAACAACAAGCAGAGCGAGUGGAUGCACCUGCCGGCUGGAGUGGAGGGAGCCACCUCGGCGGCGGGCGCUGGCGGCGAUGCUCCCAAUGGCUUGGGACACGAUCACGAGGGAUCCAACGACAUGGCCGCCGCUGCCGAAUCGCUGCUCUCCACCCUGCACUCCAACUGUGUGGAGAUGAACCACCACAACCACAACCACAAUCACAAGCACAAUAGCCACCAGCAGAACCAGCCAGGAGAGAGCCAGGACAACAACACCAUUGUCACGGAUCUGGAUGGCAAUGCGGUGUAUGCUGCAAACAAUGCGAAAGACAAGGAUAAUCAUGUCACUGUCAUCUUGCGAGAGCACGAAUCUUCCCACCACGGACACAGUCACCGCCACGGGCACGUUCAUUCGCCUCCGGAAACCCUUAGUGCCGUGGCCUGGAUGAUUAUCAUGGGCGAUGGCCUGCACAACUUCACCGACGGCAUGGCCAUUGGCGCCGCCUUUGCCGAGAAUCUUGCCGGUGGCUUCUCUACCUCGCUGGCCGUUUUCUGUCAUGAAUUGCCGCACGAGUUGGGCGACUUUGCCAUUCUCAUAAAGGCGGGCAUGUCGAUAAAAUCGGCCGUCUACUACAACCUGUUGACUGGUGUCCUGAGCUUCAUUGGCAUGAUCUUUGGCAUUGCUUUCGGGCAGUCCCAAGACGUGGCCCAGUGGAUGUUCGCCGUGGCCGCGGGCCUCUUUAUCUACAUCGCUCUGGUUGAUAUGAUGCCCGAGAUCUCGGCUUCGCACAAGUCGCUGGGACAGUUUCUGCUUCAAAUACUUGGAAUGUUGAGCGGCGUGGGAAUAAUGCUAUUGAUUGCGCUCUAUGAAGGCGAUCUUAUGAGCGUUUUCGGAACGAGUGGAGGAGGCGGCGGAAAGCUCAGCGGCGGAUCAUCUUACCAGCAUGUGCAUUAAACACACACACGAAACAGAACUUGUAACCAAUCGAUGCAAAUCUUGUAGCGUAUUAUUUGAACUGCAGCGAAACUUGUGAAUGAACUGCAUUUUCCGUCAGGCUAGGACCCUUUUCAAUUAUUAUUAUAAUUUUUGUAUAAUUCGAGUAGAAUGUUGUUUACCUCAGCACACACACAGCCGUACCCGGUUGGCACCAAACCAAAAGCAUUUGUUAUCCAGUUUUUGAAAAACAAACACACAACACAGAACUCUCAAUACCCAAGCCAUCAAGAAAACCAAGAACUAAGAACUCCUGUACCACAAAGAAGCGACACGAAUCACAGAAGCACCUGUAUCAUUUUCGUUCCUAAUUUUGCUACUGAACUGCGUUCGAAUCGUUUCAAAACCGAUUAAUUGUAAGAUUUCUUGAAAUUGUCUCUAGGUUAUAAAGUGAUUUUGAAUUUAGGAGAGAAACCAACAAAUUUAAAAUCGAAAAGCAAGCAAGGAUAAGAUUUCUCUAAACAGAAGAGAAACAAUAACAAAUAGCGGAGUGGCUGGUCCAAGUGGAUAUCAGGAUUAUAAAAGGAUAUAUGAAGAUACCCGACCACCAUCCAUCGAUUAAUGAUCUUUAUACACUGAGAAAAAAAAGCAUAUAUAUUGUAGAAUAUAUAGUUUUGUAUUUUUUAGAGUCUAGGUGCGCACGUUUACUUUAGCGAGUUUAACAUUCUAAACCAAAAUUUAAGGAAUGUCCACUGUUAUGAUUUCUGACAGUACUUAACGACUUGAAUGCAUAUAUAUUUUCUAAUUUAGAAAGUGAGGAGAGAAACCAUUUAGGCAACCCACAAACAAAACCAUUUAAUCUUAAUUUAUUAUCGUAUUUGUAGUGAAUUAAACAGCUAAAAAUGUAUACAUUAAAAAAGGCACCCCAUGCAUCAUUUCAACUUUUGUUUAAUUAUGAUUUUGUAAUAAAACACAAGUUAAACUAAAA